CAUGAGAGAGAGAGAGAGAGAGAGAGAGAGAGAGAGACGCGCGGACGCAACUGAACAUUGAGCUGGCUCUCUUAGAAGAGUGGUUUAGUUAUCAGGAACGCUUCAUGUUGAGCUUUUAUGCGUGUGUUUGUGUGUGGAACUGGACUGGAAUUGGGAUUUGUAAUAUUGGAUAUGAUUUUCAACUGAUAUAAACAUGGAUUGGAUUUCAUGGAUUUCUUUUUUGGUCACAUUAAUAAUCAUUCCAGUUUACAUAUCAGGUGAACCGCUGGAAUUAAAUGUGACAUUUGACAUAUGGGAGGGAAAUGUAACUGUGCUCUGGGAUCCCCCUGAAGUAGCCCCUCUAAAUGCCCUUUAUCAAGUGAAUACAGCACUAGAUAAAGGUCCUGAUGCUGAGUGGGACAUUGUGCCAGAGUGUAACAUGACGACAGAAACUAGAUGUGAACUUGGGAACUUUAUAUACAAACCUUUAAUGAAAAUAAAGAUCGGACUGUUUGAAGGAAAUUAUAACUUUUCCUGGUCAGAUCCAAGACGAAUUCAUUUAAUGGACAGCAAAUUGUUGGCUCCAGAGUUUGACCUUUCUUCCUCCUCUAAUACGGUGAAAGUUAAGAUUUACAGAAAGCCUUUUCUCAAAGAUCUUUUUGAUUAUGGCACAGAAUACACAGCUAUUCUGUAUCCAAAAGGACGGGAGAGCGAGGCUUUAACAGUAAUUGAUGAUGAAGAAGAUGGUGAGGUGGAGUUCACUUCAUUAUCGUUAUGGCAGGAGUAUUGUGUUCAAGUGAAAGUGGAGAUGGUAUCUAAUGAUGGGAGAAACACCUCAUUACCACAAUGCAUAUAUCUAUCAGCAGAUAUGUCCCUGAUGAUCUUCAUAGCUGCUAUCGGCGUAGUUGGAGUCAUGUCCUUCUUCAUGUUUGCCGUCUGUUUCUUCCUGAAGCGUCCGAGUAAAAUGCCGGCGGUUCUGAAAUCUGCUGUGAAUGGAUGGAACCCUAUGCACGUAGGAUUGAUCCAAGUGGAAACAGUCACUGACAAGGGAUGGGUAGUUACCAACAAUAAAAAGGCGGGAAAGAGUAAAGCAUUUGAUGAGAACAAGAACCUGCUGGAGGAGGACAAAGAGAGAAGAGAGAGUACAGACAGCGGGGUGAGCGUUGGCCAGCAGCAUUCAGUUAAGAACCCAAGCACAGAUGGAAAUAUGGGACAGGAAGACAGCGGCUGUGGCAGUGUGACUGACUCCGAGGACAGUCUCAGCAGUGGAAGAAGAAGUCUGGAAGAGCUCCCUUCCCUGGACGGAGGAGUAAAUAGCUGCAACCAAACUGAAAGAAAAGAGGACAGUGGCUUGGGAAUGGGAAACCGGGAUGUGUCUGACAAUCUCAAUGGGGCAGGUGGGGACCUCCUGUCUGAGAUAGUAGUCGUUGGGGAUGGAUAUCGUAGUCAGAGUCCUUCAACUUUUGCUGAAAGUGAGGCCAACAUCCCAUGUGACGUAGAGGCUAACAUGGCUAGCCCUAGCUGUGGCUAUCGGUCUGGUCAUGUCACAUGCUUGUGUUCUGACGUUGAGACUUGCAUGUGGUGCAAAACCAGGAAGCUACCAACAGACAGUGAUUCAUUGUCUCAUGAGCAAACCACAACCGAUAAUGACAACGACAGACCAAGCUAUUUGAAAAAAUCUCCUUUACAGUCUGUGAAUGUAUUAGGUUUGGGGGAUUUGUCCUCCCAGUAUGACGAGGACUGCAGCGAGUCGUCGCUUUUUAUCACCUGUCCACUACUUCUACAAGAACCUUGCGAGAUGGACACGUUGCCUCUUAAGUUAGGAGACAUAGAACUGACAUUCACGUGAGAUGUGGGCUUUUUAUGACUGGGUAAAAGCACAGAUCAAAGCGUAUCUGCUUUCCCUCAUGUUGCUUGCUCCAGAAGACGUUUAUUUCUCGAUUAGAGCAACAGCAGAGAGAUGCUUUGUGUGGCUAUGUCACUAAUACUGGGACAUCCGAUGUGGGACCGUCCCUCUGUGACUUCCUGCAUGCAUCAGGUUAUCAUUUUGCCAAUAUGAUGACCAGAGAGGAGACAUUCAAGCUUCUAUUUGAGUGAAUAAGAGUGAGAUACUAUCAGAAUGGGAUGACGAUGACACUGAGACAUUUCUAAUUCUCAGUAUCUAAUCUCACGAAUCUCACCCACCAUUGAGACAGUGACGCAAUUAUGUUACAAUCUCAAAAAAAAGGGGGGAGUUUUGGUAGCAAUGCUGCAGAAGAACACAUUUUUUUGGGUGCCCAAAGAACCUUUCAGUAAUCGGUUCAAUCACUAUAAAAAAAGUGCAAUGGUAAGGUCGUGUGGAUGCUAAAAGUUACUCAUAGGACCAUCAGUGGCAAUAAAAAACCUGUACAUACACACUUUUAUAAUUUUGCACAUGCAUUGUACAUAUUUACAUUUGAUGUUAUGUACUGACAUUUGUAUAUGCUGAAUAUUGAGUUGUGCUGAAUGUGAUGGAAUGAUGGAAAAUAAAUAAUAAAAAUAACUAGAUUUU